AUGGGCCUCUCGGCAUUGACAUCAAAGCCAAAGCCCACUAGCAGUCUCAGCCGGGCUCCCCUUCGUCGUCCGCUAGUCCUAUCUCCCACCCUCAUCUCGUCAUCACUUGCCAUCUCAGCAUGCGUGGUCACUCAAGUCCAGCACCGCCGAACUCUCUGGGGAUGGGGACGUCGGGACUGGGGGGAAUCUGGGAAUUAUGACCGUUUGUGGCAUCGUCUCGAGAGGCUGGAGCGGAAAUUCUUAGCAAAACAAGCAAAGUUACUGCGUCGACAGGCACUUCUCAGUCAGAAAUGGAGUCAGAGAUUGUCCCAUGAGCCUCCACGGUCGGGAUGGCACUGGGGAUGGCGAUGGGUAGGAUGGGGAUGGCCCGGUUGGGGAUGGGGAUGGGGAUGGGGAUGGGCUUGGCCACGGUUCCAAUCUCAUCGUCCAGAUCCUAAUAGUCGUCAAGAUGGGAAAUCUGGAGGCGGUACAGGCGGGAAGUUUCCUGAGGAUCCAGGGCAACAAAACUGGUGGGAAACAGAGAGAGCUCGCUUUGACAGAGAGAUGGAGCAAUUGAAGAAGGAAAUAGAGGCUGAUCCUUAUAACUUCCUGUUUGGAAAGAGCAAUGAGUGGCUUAGAUAUCGUGACAGUCAUUCCAGGGACUGGUCAGAGUGGUGCCGCUCCUUUCUUGGUUUGGAUGGGACUUCGAAGAAAGCGCAGGUGAUUGAUACCAAUCCUUCACCAAAGUCGUCUCCAGAGACUACCAAGAGUGACAACGUCGUCGAAUCUUCAAAAUAUCAGGAGCCGACAGUAGCGUCUGAGAGCUCUGCCAAGGCAACAAUUGACACUGUGUACGACCCUAUCAGCGGUCGAAUGGUUCCUAAAAUAUCACAAUCCCCCGAAGAGGAGAAAGAUGCUGUCCCAAAGGGUGAUGACGCUACUGAUAUUCCCGUCAAGACAUUCAAAUCAUAUCGUGCGCAAUUUGGCUACGGAACAGACACGAAUGAGGAAACCCAGAAGUCGACACAGGAGGAUGGUCCUGUGAAUUCGAAAGGAGGACAAGAGCAGUCCGAACAAGCCAAAGAUGGCACUCCAGAAGCCACGGAAGGAAUGAAGCAGAAGAACCAGAAGCCAGAUGUUUUAUACAUGGCUGGCCCAGAGAAGGUCAUCGACUUGCCUCCCUCGUCUGCUAUGAGCCAUGGUCCAGAAGCCUCCGUACAAGCAGAUGGUGAGCAAUCUUCCAGCGCUGUUAAGGAGGAGGCCAAAACUUCUGCUCCAGAAAUGCAACGUAAAGAAUAUAAUUUCGCGGAAAAGAAAGACGACGAUGUCGAUCUUCUGCAUGCUAGCGAUAUCCGUGUUUCGUUUUACUCGGGCAAGACCAAGCAGGAAAUUGCCGACGAGAAGAAGUCAAAGCGAGAGGCUCUGGAACGCGAUUUUGACUCAUAUAAGGACCCCGAAAGUGAUCUUGACGCGGAAGAAAUUCGUGCGAGCGCAAAGAAACAUGAGAGCGUGCAGGUUUCUGGUAGCCAGGCCGAAGAGGUGCGAAGCAGUACAACAGCUUUGAAAGAACCUGAGACGUCUGCUACACAGCUUGUCGAGCAGAGUUCACCUGAGUCAGAGGAUGUGUCAUUGAAAGCUCGGACCGAUCAUGACUCUAUUUCUCUCCAGCCGCCGACAUCCACUAGCAGUGACAAGGAAUCGUCGCAAUCACAUAAAUCUGCCUUGUCUCAAGAAAUCAAAGAUAUCUACGAGUCUGCCUACGGCGAGAUCACUCCUCAACAUCGUCAGGGAAGUCUGACCAAAAAGGUCAGUCCGUCAGAUUCUGGCGUGGUCGACAAAAGUCAAUCCAUAAUUCCGGAACCACAGACCUCGGAUGCCCGCUUGCAAGAGACGCUUCAAUCCGCAAAGAAAUUCACUGAAACUACAAGCGAGAUUACAAAGGAACUGAUAGAAACUUGCAAGCAGCUCGAGACUUCCAAGAGUGCUCAGGAGUCUAGUUCACCACAUCUGGAUGAGAACCCCUCGAAUGCAUCGGCCGCCUUACCAGCCACUUAUCGAGUACUUGCCUACGAUUCUUCGACUCACCAGGUCGUCAUCGCAGAAACUACCUCGUCCGUUUAUUCGGCGGAACAGACUCUUCAUCCAACUGAGGUUUUGUCUCGUUUGAACAGUCCGGCAAAGUUUCUUCCGUACUUUGCACAGAUGCAGGCUGACGGCUUUGAGAUUGUGUCUGGUGGCGGUGACAUUCUUGUAUUCAAAAAGGUGCGAGAACCUAGGGCAUCAUCGACGGCUGCCGGAUUGGAAGAGUCAGCUAUGCAGAAUAAGGACAAGGACAGUGUAUCUGCAGCCAAGAUCAACUCGGCGGAGAGCAGGUCUCCAGAACAGCAAGGAAUUCACAGUGGAGUUGACAGAGAUUGGAAAAUUACACAAUCAGAGUCUGUGAGGACGUCGUCUCCUUCGUCUUCACCAAGGAUGGUUCGCAGACAGGAAACCGUCUACACUGGAGGCCCACCAAACUGGGCUCCCUAUCCACCACCUCCACCUCCUGAAGUCGAUAUGGGGACGGAUGCCGCUCGUGAGAAAUUAUCCUUUGGGAAAACGGCUCGUUGGGUUCUUUUGACGGGCUUGGGUACGGCAGCAACGUGCUACGCCAUCGGCGUAGUGUGCGAGUAUUUCCGCACCGGAGGCGCAGAUGGCUUGGGCCCGGAGGGAUUCACCGAGUUUGAGUCAGAGAGACGGCGGAGGGAAAAAUUGUCAUCUUCUUGA